GGAAGAACACACCCAGUGACAUCAGUGCGCUUUGAAGAAGAAGAAGAAGAAGAAGAAGAAGAAGAAGAAGAAGGAGGAGGAGGAGGAGGAGGAGAAGAAGUCUCCAGUCCAAGCUGCGCACAGGAGCAACGACAGGGCCGAAAGGUCCUCCCCGGGUUUCUUUUAAAUAUAUUUUUUAUUUAAAUCUCCGGAGAGUUCGAGAAGCAAACUGUCCCCAAAAACCUGCGCGUAAAGUUCGUUUUUCUCGUGUUUGACGCGCAGAGAGGAGGACAUGUCCACUUCCGACGAGACGGACGGGCUGCGGCCGAGAUAUGGCUCCGUCCUGGAUGGCGUGGAGCGGCUCACGGCGGAGGAGAUGGACGAGCAGCGGCAGCAGAACAUGGCCUACGAGUACCUUUGUCACCUGGAGGAAGCCAAACGAUGGAUGGAGGCCUGUCUGGACGAGGAGCUGCCUCCCACCACGGAGCUGGAGGAGGGGCUUAGGAACGGCGUCUAUCUGGCCAAACUGGGCAACUUCUUCGCCCCGAAGACCGUGUCCCUCAAGAAGAUCUACGACCGCGAGCAGACGCGCUACAAGGCCACCGGUCUUCAUUUCAGGCACACGGACAACGUCAUCCAGUGGCUCAACGCCAUGUCGGAGAAAGGGCUGCCGAAGAUCUUCUACCCGGAAACCACGGACAUAUACGACAGAAAGAACAUGCCCCGCUGCAUCUACUGUAUACAUGCACUCAGCCUGUACCUGUUCAAGCUGGGCCUGGCCCCCCAGAUCCAGGACCUGUAUGGGAAAGUGGAUUUCACCGAGGAGGAGAUCAACAACAUGAAGAGUGAGCUGGAAAAGUACGGGAUCCAGAUGCCCGCCUUCAGCAAGAUUGGCGGCAUCCUGGCCAAUGAGCUCUCGGUGGAUGAAGCUGCAUUGCAUGCCGCCGUGAUCGCCAUCAACGAGGCCAUCGACCAGGGCGUCCCGGAGGGCACGGUGGCCGCCAUGCAGAACCCCAACGCCAUGCUGGUCCACCUGGACCCGGUCUCUGCUCCCCAGUACCACGACACGCUGUACCAGGCCAAAGGACAGAAGGUGGCCAACUCACGCAAGCGGCAAAUGGAGAACGCCGACGCAGAGCGAGACAUCUACGACGAGCUCCUCACCCAGGCGGAGAUCCAGGGCAACGUCAACCAGGUCAACGUGAGCAACGCCCUGAGCGCGGCCGAGCAGGCGCUGCUGAGCGGCGACGAGGACAAGCUGUACGAGGCCCUCAAAGCCGUGGGGGUCCAGAACCUGCAGGUCCAGAACAAAGGCUGGUACCUCAAGCAGCUGCAGGCCGACCGGGAGAAUAAAGACCAGGCGUCUCCGGGAGAAGCCCUGACCAGGGACGAGCUGCAGGGCGGCGUGGACGUGGCCAAUGAGGUCGCAGAAGGCUACCUGAAGAUGUUGAGGGCGGUGGAGCGCAUCAACAGCGCCGUCAGGGCGGGCGUGCCGGAGAAGACGGUGGUGGAGCUGAUGAACCCCGACGCCCAGCUGCCGGAGGUCUACCCCAGUGCUGCAGACCUCUACCAGAGAGAGCUGCUCAGCCUGCAGCAGCAGAGCCCGGAGGGCUCGCUGUCCCACCCCGAGCUGCUGGUUGCCGUGGAGAUGCUGUCGUCGGUGGUGCUGAUGAACCAGGCGAUGGACGCCGGAGACCGAGCAGCGCUCUGGAAGCAGCUGUCCAGCGCCGUCACCGGACUCAGCAACGUGGAGGAUGAUUAUGCACAGAGGUACAUGGACGAGCUGAUGCGCCUCAAGGCGGCCGCCAGGGAGGACGGCUGCGACUUCCUCACCUGGAACGACAUCCAAGCCUGCGUGGACCAAGUCAACCAGACGGUGCAGGAGGAGCACGAACGUAUCGGAGCCAUCGGACUGAUCAACGAGGCCCUGGACGAAGGGGACCCCGCGAAGACCCUGUCCAUGCUGCAGAACCCCUCGGCCAAGCUCUCGGACGUGGACCCGUCGGUGGCUCAGCACUACCACGACAAACUGCUGGAGGCCCGCCGGGAGAAAGCUCACGAGACCCAGGACCCCUCCGCUGUGCUGUGGCUGGACGAGAUCCAGGACGCCGUAUUGGGGGCCAACCAGGACACCCAGGAGGCCUUACAGUUCUCGCAGUCCAUCCAGGCCGUCAACGAGGCGGUGGACGCCGGCGAGGCGGCCCAGACCCUGGCGGCGCUGCGAAACCCGGGGGCGACCCUGUACGGCGUCACCUCGGAGUGCGCCCACACCUACCAGCAGGACCUGUCCGCCAUCAAGGACGGGAAGAAGGCCGAGGGUGACAAUGGCGGCGAGUGGGUGAAGCACUGGGUGAAGGGCGGACACAACUACUACUACAACCUGCAGAGCCAGGAGGGCACCUGGGUGGAGCCGGAGGACUUCCUGCAGAACAACACGCAGCUCAACAAGGAGGACAUCCAGUCGGUGGUCUCCGGCGUGACCACGGCCUACAACCGGGAGCAGCUGUGGCUGGCCAACGAGUCCCUCAUCGCCAAGCUGCAGGCCCGGUGCCGGGGCUUCCUGGUGAGGAACGGCCGGAAGGAGCGGAUGAACUUCCUGGAGUCCCAGGACCCUGCCGUCACCUGCAUACAGGCACACUGGAAGGGCCACAAACAGAGGAAGAAGUUCAAGGACAGGAAGCAGUACCUGGAAGACCACAGCGCCGAGGCCGUCAAGAUCCAGUCCAUGGUCCGGAUGCACCAAGCCCGUAAGAAGUACAAGGAUCGCCUGAAGUACUUCCAAGAUCACAUCAAUCAGGUGGUGAAGAUCCAGGCUUUCAUCAGAGCCAACAAGGCCCGAGAUGACUACAAGACGCUGAUCAGCGCCGAGGACCCUCCGAUGGCGGUGGUGAGGAAGUUCGUCCACCUGCUGGACCACAGCGACCAGGACUUCCAGGAGGAGCUGGAGCUCAUGCGUCUGCGCGAGGAGGUGGUCACCAACAUCCGCUCCAACCAGCAGCUGGAGAACGACCUGAACCUCAUGGACAUCAAGAUCGGCCUGCUGGUGAAGAACAAGAUCACGCUGCAGGAGGUGGUGUCCCACAGCAAGAAGCUGACCAGGAAGAACAAGGGCCAGCUGUCCAACAUGAUGAUGAUGAACAAGCAGAGGGGGGGGCUGAAGGCCCUCAGCAAGGAGAAGAGGCUCAAGCUGGAGGCCUACCAGUACCUCUUUUACCUGUUGCAGACCAACCCGACGUAUCUCGCCAAGCUGAUCUUCCAGAUGCCGCAGAACAAAUCCACGAAGUUCAUGGACUCUGUGAUCUUCACGCUGUACAACUACGCCUCCAACCAGCGGGAGGAGUACCUGCUCACCAAGCUCUUCAAGACGGCCCUGCAGGAGGAGAUCAAGUCAAAGGUCGACCAGAUGAAGGACAUCGUCACGGGCAACCCGACCAUCAUCAAGAUGGUGGUGAGCUUCCACCGAGGCGCCCGGGGGCAGAACGCGCUGCGGCAGAUCCUGGCGCCGGUCGUCAAGGAGAUCAUGGACGACAAGGCGCUGAACAUCAAGACCGACCCGGUGGACAUCUACAAGAGCUGGGUCAACCAGAUGGAGACCCAGACCGGGGAGGCCAGCAAGCUGCCCUACGACGUGACCCCGGAGCAGGCCAUGGCCCACGAGGAGGUGAGGACCAGGCUGGAGGCCUCCAUCAAGAACAUGAAGAACAUCACCGACAAGUUCCUGUCCGCCAUCAUCGUGUCCGUGGACAAGAUCCCGUACGGGAUGCGUUUCGUGUCCAAAGUGCUGAAGGACACCCUCCAUGAGAAGUUUCCAGAUGCUACAGAGGACGAGCUGCUCAAGAUCGUGGGCAACCUGCUGUAUUACCGCUACAUGAACCCGGCCAUCGUGGCGCCCGACGCCUUCGACAUCAUCGAGGUGUCGGCGGGCGGCCAGCUGACCACGGAGCAGCGCAGGAACCUGGGCUCCGUGGCCAAGAUGCUGCAGCACGCCGCCUCCAACAAGAUGUUCCUGGGCGACAACGCCCACCUCAACCCCAUCAACGAGUACCUGGGCGCCUCGCACCAGAAGUUCAGACGCUUCUUCCUGUCGGCGUGCGACGUUCCUUCGCUCGAGGACAAGUUCAACGUGGAUCAGUACUCGGACCUGGUCACCGUCACCAAACCGGUCAUCUACAUCUCCAUCGGGGAGAUCAUCAACACCCACACGCUGCUGCUGGACCACCAGGACGCCAUCGCCCCGGAGCACAACGACCCCAUCCACGAGCUGCUGGAGGACCUGGGGGAGGUGCCCACCGUGGAGUCCCUCAUCGGUGAGAACCCUCUUCCCCCCGACGACCCCAACAAGGAGCUGAUGGGGAAAACGGAGGUUUCUCUCACGCUCACCAACAAGUUCGACGUCCCCGGCGAGGCCAACGUGGAGAUGGACGCCCGCACGCUGCUGCUCAACACCAAGAGGCUCAUCGUGGACGUGAUCCGGUUCCAGCCCGGAGACACGCUGACGGAGAUCCUGGACCUGACGGCAGGAACCCAGCAGGAAGCGGAGUACCACCGCGCCAUGCAGAGGAGGGCCGUCCGAGACGCCAAGACCCCCGAGAAGAUGAAGCAGGUGAAGCCGGUGGUGGACGACAGCCUGACGCUGCAGGGCAAGAAGGACAAGAUCAAGAGCAACCUGCAGCGGCUGGCCGAGCUGGGCAAGGUGCACCCGGAGAACCGCUACCAGGACCUCAUCAACGACAUCGCCAAGGACAUCAGGAACCAGAGGCGGUACCGUCAGCGGCGGAAAGCCGAGCUGGUGCGGCUCCAGCAGACCAACGUCGCCCUGAACUCAAAGACCAAUUUCUUCAACGUUCAGAUCGACUCGUACAACCAGUACAUCAAGACGUGCAUGGACAACCUGGCCAGCAAGGGCAAGCUGUCAAAGAAACCGGGCGACAACAAGGCCAAGAAGAGCAAGCAGGUCUCCCAGAAGUACACCGCCUCCCGCCUCCACGAGAAGGGCGUGCUGAUCGCCAUCGAGGACCUGCAGCCCAACCAGUUCAAGAACGCCAUUUUUGAGAUUUCUCCGGCCGAGGCCGUCGGAGUGUUUCAGGUGAAGGCCAAAUUCAUGGGCGUUCACCUGGAGACGUUACAGCUAGAAUACCAGGACCUCCUCCAGCUGCAGUACGAAGGCGUGGCGGUGAUGAAGCUCUUCGACCGGGCCACCAUCAACGUCAACCUGCUCAUUUUCCUGCUCAACAAGAAAUUUUAUGGGAAAUAGAAAAAAGAAAGGAUUAAAAAAAGAGAAAAGAGAAAUAAAAGGGCUGCAGACACUGAUUAAAAACCACAAAACCCUCUUUGAGGGUUGCAGAACGAGCCGCCGGCUUCCCCGUCACACUCCCGACUGCACUUCUCCCUCCUGCCGACGCAGCUUCACGUGCAUUAUUAUUUUAAUUAUUAUUAUUAUUAUUACGUGCUUUAACGGCCCGUCACGUGAGGUUUAAGAUUUUUAUGUUGUUUUGUUUCCUUUUGAAUGUCUUAUGCUUGGGCCUGGAUUAAUUAUAUAAAAAAAACAGAAAUAUGUAUGUUUUAUGUUAAGAGA